CAUUUCCAAUCCUCAUCAAUGCCUCACUAACCCUUUCUCUUCCGGUCUUCCUCUCUCCAGUCCCACUAGCCCGGGCAGUCCAAAUUCAUCCCUCUCUGCUCCCAAAUAUCCUCUUCCCCCUCGUGCCAAGACCGGACUCACAGCCUGGAUUGCUCCAUCUCUCCCCAAUUGCAGAGGAGAAGAGAAGACGCCAUGGCCCAUGGCAGAGGGAGGUGGGUUUUGCUGCCUUGAUUAGCUUCUUCUCUACUAGUCUCCAUCUCUCUGUCCGCAAUCGCCAUCCGAGAAAGGAAAGGGAGUGGAGGAGGAUCCAGCCGCGCCGAAUCGCCGGAAAGAUGCGGCCUUCGGGGCAAAAGCGCGGGGACCUUGCUCUCCUUUGCUGCUCCGUCGCGCUCCUCCUCCCGCUGCUGUCCCAUGGCGCGGACAUGCCGCUGGGGUCGACCCUCUCGCCGGGGAACUCGACGUCGUGGACGUCGCCCAACAACACCUUCUCGCUCUCCUUCACGCCGUCCCCGACCUCCCCGUCGCUCUUCGUCGCCGCCAUCACCUACGCCGGCGGCGUCCCCGUCUGGUCCGCGGGCAACGGCGCGGGCGUUGGCUCCGGGGGCUCGCUCAUCCUCUCGUCCAACGGCAACCUCCAGCUCGUCAACGGAUCUGGGGGCGUCCUCUGGUCGUCCAACACCGGCGGCCAGGGCGUGACCGCCGCGGCCGUCCAGGAGAGCGGCAACCUGGUGCUCAAGAACUCGACGACCACCCUGUGGCAGUCGUUCGACCACCCCACGGACACGGUGGUCAUGUCGCAGAACUUCACCUCGGGGAUGAACCUCACCUCGGGCCGCUACGUCUUCUCCGUGGACACGGGCUCCGGCAACCUGACGCUCCGGUGGACCAGCGGCGGCAACACCGUCACCUACUUCAACAAGGGCUACAACACCACCUUCACGGCGAACAGGACGCUGAGCUCGCCGACGCUGACGAUGCAGACCAACGGCAUCGUGUCGCUGACGGACGGGCAGCUGGCGUCCCCCGUCGUGGUGGCGUACAGCAGCAACUACGGCGAGAGCGGCGACAUGAUGCGGUUCGUGCGGCUGGACGCAGACGGCAACUUCCGCGCCUACAGCGCCGGGCGCGGCAGCAACACGGCGACGGAGCAGUGGUCGGCGGUGGCGGACCAGUGCCAGGUGUUCGGCUACUGCGGCAACAUGGGCGUGUGCAGCUACAACGGCACGUCGCCGGUGUGCGGGUGCCCGUCGCGCAACUUCCAGCAGACCAACCCCUCCAACCCCCGCGAGGGGUGCACGCGCACGGUGGACCUCCAGAACUGCCCCGGCAACUCCACCAUGCUCCAGCUCGACAACACGCAGUUCCUCACCUACCCGCCGGAGAUCACCACCGAGCAGUUCUUCGUCGGGAUCACCGCCUGCCGCCUCAACUGCCUCUCGGGCGGCUCCUGCGUGGCGUCCACCGCGCUCUCCGACGGCUCGGGCCUCUGCUUCCUCAAGGUCUCCAACUUCGUGAGCGCCUACCAGUCGGCCGCGCUGCCGAGCACGUCCUUCGUCAAGGUCUGCUUCCCCGGGGUGGCCAACCCGGCGCCGGGCGCCUCGGCACCGUCGCCGCGCGGCGGCUCCGGCGUCCGCGGCUGGGUCGUCGCGGUGGCGGUGCUGGGCGCCGUGUCCGGGGUGGUGCUCUGCGAGUGGGCGCUGUGGUGGUUCCUGUGCCGGCACAGCCCCAAGUACGGGCCGGCGUCGGCGCAGUACGCGCUGCUGGAGUACGCGUCGGGCGCGCCGGUGCAGUUCUCCUACCGCGAGCUGCAGCGGUCGACCAAGGGGUUCAAGGAGAAGCUGGGCGCGGGGGGGUUCGGCGCCGUGUACCGCGGCGUGCUGGCGAACCGGACGGUGGUGGCGGUGAAGCAGCUGGAGGGGAUCGAGCAGGGGGAGAAGCAGUUCCGGAUGGAGGUGGCCACCAUCAGCAGCACGCACCACCUCAACCUGGUGCGCCUCAUCGGCUUCUGCUCCGAGGGCCGCCACCGCCUGCUGGUCUACGAGUUCAUGAAGAACGGCUCGCUGGACGCGUUCCUCUUCGGCGACGCGCCGGGCGGCAAGAUGCCGUGGCCGACGCGCUUCGCCGUGGCCGUGGGCACGGCGCGUGGCAUCACCUACCUGCACGAGGAGUGCCGCGACUGCAUCGUGCACUGCGACAUCAAGCCCGAGAACAUCCUCCUCGACGAGCAGUUCAACGCCAAGGUCUCCGACUUCGGGCUCGCCAAGCUCGUCAACCCCAAGGAGCACCGCCACCGCACGCUCACCAGCGUGCGCGGCACCAGGGGGUACCUGGCGCCCGAGUGGCUCGCCAACCUGCCCAUCACGGCAAAGUCCGACGUCUACAGCUACGGCAUGGUCCUGCUGGAGAUCGUCAGCGGCCACCGCAACUUCGACGUCUCGGAGGAGACCGGCCGGAAGAAGUUCUCCGUGUGGGCGUACGAGGAGUACGAGAGGGGCAACCUCUUGGGCAUCAUCGACACGAAGCUCCCGGGGGAAGACGUCGACAUGGACCAGGUGGAGCGCGCGCUGCAGGUGAGCUUCUGGUGCAUCCAGGAGCAGCCGGCGCAGCGCCCGUCCAUGGGCAAGGUGGUGCAGAUGCUGGAAGGGAUCAUGGACAUCGAGAGGCCGCCGCCGCCCAAGUCGUCGGACAGUUUCGUGAGCACCACCACGGGCACCACCGGCACCGGCAGCACGAGCAUGGUCUCCACUAUCGCCUCGUCGGCCCCGGUCGCGCCGACCACCUCGCCCAACUUGGAGCAGGAGAUGGCGCUGGGCCGCUCGACGUCGGCCAGGAACCGCGAGAGGGUGUCGCGGCAGCUGCUGUCGCCGCAGCCGUACAUGACCAUGUGAGGUGCGGUUAAUCAUCGUUCAUCCAUGUCAGAUCAUCAUCUCCCCCUGCAGAGUGGGGGCGCUGAAGCAUGCACAAAUUCUUGCUUCCGUGCUCCAUUGGAAGGAAGAGAAAAAUGUACAGAUUAUACAGCGGUUAGGGAAUUGAUUUGCUGAACUUCCUCUAAGAUCUGGCUGAUCUUGUUUUGGCCAUACUGCAUAUGUAAUUUGUAGCAAGAUUGGAUGGAACUUGAUAUUGGGCACUGUAAUUUGUACAAAUAAUCGAGAUGAGGCGAUAUAUUAUUGUAGGCAGCAUGGACGGCAAUUUCGUUUCUUCAGAAAUAGAUGCAGGGUCACGCCUGAACUUCUGAA